GUAGCGCAGCAAGUUGAGAAGCAAUGGCAACCAGCACUCUCUUCCUUUCUUCCAAGAUCGGCCCCAAACUCGCACCCACCUCUCAGCUACGCAUACCACGCUCCGCGCAACUCCUCGCGAAUGUCGCCUUCUUACCUCACCGCCACAUCACUGCGCAAAGUUACGCCUCUCGGCGACGGCUGCACGUGGUUGCCGUGUCGGGCCGCGACCACGACAGUGGGUUCACCCGCCCCCCUCCAGCCAAGUUGAUCCAUGGCGAGCGGCGCGAGCGACUACCAGGCUUGGGCUUGACCAAGAAGAACGAGCUCUUCCUGGGCCGCUUCGCCAUGAUCGGCUUCGCUGCGGCGCUGCUGGUGGAGGCGGUGUCGGGGCGCGGCGUGCUGUUCCACCUGCACGCGCACGCCGGAGUGCCUCUCGCGCACGACGACCCACUCGCGCUGGCCGCCGUCGCGCUCUCGCUGCUGAGCGCGGUGGGCGCGUUCGGCGACCGAGGCCGCUUCGAGGACGACGAGCCGGUGGGGCCAGGCAGGCCGCGCUGCACCAUCCAACAGGCACUGGGGCUGCACGACCGAGGCCCGCUGCUGGGGAUGAGCAAGGCGAGCGAGCUGUUCGUGGCGCGCCUGGCGGAGCUGGGCUUAGCAGCGACGCUCGUCGCCGAGGUGCUGACGGGGCGCGGCGUGCUGGCGCACCUCAAUGUGCACACGGGCGUGCCGCUCUCGCACCUGCAACCUGCCCUGCUCGCCCCCGUCAUGUUCUUGCUGCUCGCUGCUGCUCACCCUGGUAGCGGCCGCUUCGUUAAUGAUGACUGAUUCACGGUGGAUGUAUGUCAGUGGUGCGUGUAUGUACAGGCAGCAUGCUAAAACGAGCGAGCCACCACUUCCAGCUUGAACUGCUGGCUUUCCAUCCACUGCACACGGUGCUUCGAGCCAAAAUCAAACUACAACCUGGCCUACUCCAUAUUGUUAUUUGGCAGGGGUUGUGAGUUGUGCAGUAAGCUGUUAGAAUACGAUAAUGAUUAGAAAAAAGAGAGAACAAGGCACAUAUAGGGUUGGAGUUGUACCCUUUAAGAA